AUGAGUGAGAAGUCUGAAGAACCGAAAGAGGAGAGAGCGGAGAAGACGUCGGCGGCUGCGGCGCGACCCCGGCUCCAGGCCUCCAGCCCUGGAGAUCCUCGCUGGGCCGGCCGCCUCGCGGUCGUCACCGGAGCCAACUCUGGAAUAGGGGUGGCCAUCGCGCGGCAGCUGCUCCAGCUCGGCAUGGUGGUGGUCGCCAUAGACGUCGAGGUGUACUCUGUCCAGGAACUGGCGCUGAAGGAGCCGCGCCUGUACUCCGUGGUGUGUGACGUCAGCGCAGAGGAGGACGUGCUGUCCACGUUCCGCUACGUCGAGGAGACGCUGGGCGGCGUCGACGUCCUCGUCUACAACGCCGGCGUCACCGGCUUCUCCAGUCUCCUCGACGGUUCCCCGGCUGAGUGGCGGCGCCUGCUGGACGUGAACGUGGUGGCGCUGUGUCUCUGCACCAGGGAGGCCGUGGCUUCGAUGCGCCGCCGGCACCUCGCCGACGGACAAGUGGUGCUCGUCAGCAGCCAGGCGGCCCACCAGGUGCCGGGCAGGGCGCCGCUGCACUUCUACUCGGCCACCAAGCACGCGGUCAAGGCGCUGGCGGACGGCUUCCGGCUCGAGCUCGCCGACUCCGGCAUCAGACUCACGACGGUGAGCCCUGGCGAGGUGAAGUCGACGUACCCGCGGUCUCCGCUCGCGCCCGCCAGAGAGCAGCAGCAGCAGGCGACGACGACGACGACGACGUCGACGCCGACGGCGCCCCACGUGCCCGCCAUACGGCCCCACGACGUCGCGCAGGCGGUCGCCUCCGCCAUCACGGCUCCCAAGCACGUGCAGGUAAACAACGCGCCCUGUAAACAACACGGGGCCGUCAACGCGGCGCGGCUGCGCCUCCGGCUAGCCGUCGGACGCGUCGUGGAGGCAGGAAGAAGGAAGCAACAAGCUCGCGGCGCGGAAGCGCGCUCACGCGACGAGUGUCCGUACUUUCAAAAGGGCACACGUGCAGCAGCGCUGCGUCGCAGGCUGGCGUGCACGUGGCCGCGCGCGUGCGCGUCACACGACCGCCAGACCUCGUCACGGUCGCCAGUCUAUUUAAGGCUAGCCGAGCUGCCCUCAGCCUGA